CUGAUAUCCAUUUCAAUAAUCAUUCCGCCUUUACAAUAGUAGUGAAAUAUGUUACUUAAUCAUAAAUUACAUUGGUAUAAUUUAUUAUUGUAUAUUGUUCAAAUUGGAUUAUUAAUAAAUGCCAAACCAUACCAUGUAUCAUAUAAACCAGAUGAAACUAUUAUUAAACCAUGUCGAUCCGGUACAGCGCAUUGUAUGUUUGGUGAUUGUACAAAAAUCUGGCUUAGAAAAAAUAAACAUGUAGAUAUUAUUAUUGAAUGUCAAUGUUGGCCUGGUUAUUCUGGUGAUUGGUGUAAUAUCUAUCCAUCUGAACAUAAACAUUGGGAUGGUUUACUACGUACAGAAGAUAAAGAUGAAAUUACUCCAAUUAUAAAUGCUAAACAUACUACACCUUAUACUACUUUGGAUAUAUGGCAUGAACAAAGUCUUCAAUAUGCUGGAUAUUUAGUGAAUAAACAUCGUGAAUCAAUUGAAGAUAGAUUAAAGAAUAAGUUUCUUGUAUUUCAUAAUAGUUUGUCAAAUAAUCUUGGAAACAAUAAUGUACCAAGUGAUCAAUAAAGUUUCACAUGUUUACUCACAAUAGAAUUGCUUACGUUUAUUAUCCUUUCUACUUAGGCUGUCAUUAUCUGUUUACAACAUUUGACUAGGUUAAAAUCUUAUUUGUAUAGACCUUAAUUAAUCCAAUGUAAUUAAUUAGUCAGUAUCUGCUUCUCUAUUUACAUUAAUCAUAAGCAAAUAUAUCUGUAAUUUAUAGUUUAUUGUAUAACUAUUUCCUAUGCUUUAUACAAAUAAUUUACACUUGAAUUCUUAGAUUUCAUUUGUAUUUUGGUUUAGGUUAGGAGUUAGAAAGGCUAAUCCUUAGGCAAACUUUAUAGUUCAGAGCCUAAUAAACAGACUUUUACUUGAUAAAUGAGUUUGAUUAUUAUUAUUGUUGUUGCUAACCGUUAGGUAACUUUAUGGAUUACUGAAUCGAUUUCAUUCAUUAUAAGUAAUAUAGGUGUUGAAAAUAUAUCGUUA